ACAAGACACAAUUCAGUACCGAUCAGCGUUUCGUCCUGUGCUCGCGUCACUUGUGGUAGGUGCUCUCCGCGUCCGUCCGGGCCAAUGUGCGGCUGUUUAAUUCUUUGCCUUGCCCGAUAACGACAAUAAAUUAUUAUUGCCGUCGUUCGUUAUUCGUGUCCCGGUGUCCGCCGUCAGUGGCGGCAACAAUAUCCCGUUUACUAAUUUUGGUUCUUCUGUUAACGUUUCAGUAUUAUUAUUUUGUUGUUUGUACGUUUUCCGACUGUCGUCAAAAACGACGAGAUGCGAUCGACGUAACGACUCGCGGCCGAUCGUGUUUAUAAUAUUCUAAUUAAUUGGCGGCACGUUGUCGGCUGGUCGACAUGUGUCAAUCGUACGGUACGGCCGAAAUUUCGCGGGAUAGGUUUUCGCAGCCCCAGUCGUCCGCGGUCGUCAUUUGACAGGGUCCGAUUACUGUUGAAUACCUACGAGGGGUAUAUACUGCAAUAGCUCCUUGGUGUGCCCACUCUCAAGUACCCACCGUUUUCAGUUCCAGUCCUCCAGGAAGUUUCUCACUCCGCCGUAGUCGUCCUACCGGAAAAUAUGGAGUCCAUUCGUAAAUGGUUUUACAAGCCUAAAGUAAGUUGUAUUGGGUACCUACCCUACAUUUUUUUCUCAUUUUUAUUUUCUUGGUACGCCCGUUAGAUUAUUUUUGAGUUUCUUACUAUUGCGACUAUAGUCGAGGUUGUAGUGUAGAUAAUUGGGUUAUCCUUCGGAUUUCUGUAGAGAUUAAAAUGCGUACGUUUUAAAUUUGAAUCUCUCUUAUCUAUAUUUCACCCUUUUGAUGUUAUCAUUUUAUGGUCGUGAAUUUAUUCUAAUAGCUGAGUACCUACAUAGUAUUAAAAUGUUUUAAUACUUUUGACGGUGCGUACCUACAUGGAUUUAUUGUAAGUAGGAUAGCCAAUAAUAAAGUUAUUGUCUAACUUAUAAUUUUUCUUGCAUUUCAACGUUUUUAGUAAAACUAAGCAUGUAUUUUGAAAGUAUUUGCCUACAAUAAACAUUGGAAAUGUAGAAGUUGAUUACCCUGGGGCCACAGGUCAGUACAAAAGCGGUUACCAUAAAAAUCUCCUAUGGCUCUGAUUACCUUGUCCUUUACACAGCUAACACUUAUAAUAUUUAUUAAUAGUUACUUUGUUACAACAAUUUAUGUUGAAUUCAGUUUUAAUAAAAAACCUAUUUCAAUAAUAGCUGUCCAAAGUUUUAACUAAUAUUAAUUUAACAAGGUUAGUCAGUAAAUGUUUCAAAUAAAUUAUAAUAAUCAAAUUACUUACCCCUCACAAAAAUUAGCCAAUUGCUUAGAUAAAUAGGUAUUUACAACAUAUUUUUCAGCGUUGGUAGUUUUCACUGAAACUAGGCAACUAAAUUAAACAACUGUAAAAUUUGUCUGAAUAUAUUAAAAUUGUAUUAUAUUAAUCUAUACAGGUUAGGUACCUAUCUAAACCAAAUUAAAAUUCAUCAAUUUCUAAAGUUCAAUGCCUAAUGGGAGACUGAACAGUUUACAAAAUAAAAGCUUUUUAAGUAUUAUUAAAAGUAGGUACUUUUUCAAUAUUAUAUUUUGAAAACAAAAUAUGUUUUGCUAUAUUUAUGCAUUUAGUUUGAAACAUGUUAUACACUUUUUAUUCUCUAUUAUAAUUAUAAAUUGGGUAUGUAAGUACCUAUCUCCCUACCAAGCUGUUGACAUAAAAAGUCAUAAUUUCAUAUUCUAUCUCAUUCAAAUAUUUUUCAACCAACAACAUUUUUAUCAGCAUAAUUACAUUUGUAAAAAUGAAAAAUACCUCUGAAACUACCUAAAAGUAAUCGACCAAUACCUAGUUGAUUAAAUAUUAUAUUAUUAUAUAGGUAGGUACAUACUGAUAUGUACAUACGUUGUCGGGUCUGAUGUCGGUUAUACAUAUACCUAUCUGGAUAAAUACACAGCAUAUUUACUCUUAUGUAAAACACUUGAAUAAUUUCUCAUAAUUAUAGUAUCUAGACCAAUAGCUAAUAAGGAUUAAUGUGAAUAUACAACUCAUGAUAUAAUUAUUUUAUUUUUAUUGUUGAAGCUAGUGCAUAUAAAUAGUAAAAAUACUUGAGAUUAUUGGUGCAAGAAAUGUCUUGCGUAACAAUAUUAUUUCUCUAACUUUAUGAACAGGCACCAGCUAAUCGAUAUUUGAAUGGGUACCGUAUAUUGGUACUUAGGUGUAUGCAGUGUAUUUUUUUUAAAAUACCGAUUGUAUUUUAUCUGUUUUCAUUCUUUGAAGGUUGUUUAUCAUAGUUACCUAGUUAAUUUGAAGUUUAAAAACCAUGAUAUCUGUGUGAUACCUAUAUGUUAUAAUAGGUACUCAUAAUUAUGAUAAUAUGUUGAGUUGUACGAAAUGUCACGAUUACCAUACAUCCGGUCUCUGUAUUUUUUUAAAUAUUUAAAAAUGUAUAGGAAUAAAUAUUUAUAACUGCCUAACUGAAUUCAGUGCUUACUACUUAAUCAAAGCAUUGUAAACACUUUGUUAAAAAUAUUUUCUUUAAAUAUUCGACUAAAUAUUUUAUGUUUUGUCAUUUGUAUAUUUGCUGUAUCAAAUGUAAUAUCCAAAAUAAUACAUAUUUAUUAAACAUUUUACUGGAAGUGAAAAUAUUUGAAUUUUUGUGGAUUUUUUUUGUUUUCAGUUACCAUAUUUUAUUUGUUCUAAAAUCAAGAAAAUCUAGUAACAGAGGCGAUUAAUUUCUUUGUAACCUGAUAUUGAGAGACUUUUGUGUCGUAUUACUUUUUCAGAGUUACUAUAACUCGGUUAUUUUAACUUCUAGUGGGUACUUAUGUUAGACAACAACAUUAUAUAACUUUCCUUAAUUAAACCAAAGUUGUUGGGUUUUCUUUAAUGUAAAACAACCAAAGAGUAUUAACUAUUAUACAGGUAAACAUUUAAACGUUCCCGGUAACCAUAUUAUUUAUUAUAAGGAUUAUUAAUCUUAGUAGAAGGUUUUUAAAACAAAUAAGUAGGUAGUGUUAACAACAAUAAAUUCCGUUUUCACUGUCACUGUCCUCGAGCUGACCCUGAUUAUUUUUAUAGUAAAUAAUAAGUGUACCCAUAAAAAAUUAAAUUUUUUUUUAUGUUUAUAAUAUCGUAGACCUACCGUAUAAAAAUAAACACGUGGGUACCUACUCGUUGUACUUUCUCGGCUCAAACUUGCGAUUUGUCUAGAAAUUAUUUAAAUUUGCGUGUUUUAUGCGAUGCCCGGUUAAACUCGACUCGAUGACAAAAGAAUAUUUCGCUGUCUAUUAGCGAUACUAAAAAUAUUGUAAUAUUACGAUUAAUCAUUCUACGUUAUCAUCGGAUACACAAGAUAGAGGAGAAAAAAAAACGCAUACCCAAGGACUCGUCGCGGUCUACCGCAUGAAUUGUUAUUACGGCUACGUUGUUAAUUUGUCGUAAUCAAUAAUUGUUUUAGACUCUUGUGGUAUCUAUCGAUCGAUAACGAUUUCUGGUUUGUGGCCAGUGCAGAGUAACGGACGUUCGGCGACGCGUAAUGUAUGCCCGCCAAUGUACGGCCCAGUGAAAUUCGGCCAAGAACGCGACGCGCAUGUGUUUUUGAACCCACACGUGGGUCUUUUAGUGGCGACACUAACAUUGCCGUCCGUCGCCGUGUACGUUUCGCUCGGCGCGAGUUAUCAAUGUUCUCGAUGGUCGUAAAUCCGUAGUGUUUGUUAUUUUCGUAUUCGAUUAAAUUUUUAACUGUCGUUUUUUUUUUUUUAAUUUUAAAUAAAGAGCUCUAAAGUUCAGUGUGCUUGUUUACGAGUCUGUCUUUUUUUUUUUCUAUUAGUAACGCGGUUUUGUGUCCGGUCCGUUUCUCUAUUUCCGUUUAAUCCAUACAUAUUUUGUUGAAAUCUUAAAAUUAAACAGCGUUAUGAUAUUUCGUGUAGGACGACUGCAGCUGCUAUAAUGCUCGUGUCCUUCCCCCUCCGAAUCUUCGAUCGAUAAUAAUAAUCGUUCGUCACAUUCGAAUCGAAAAGCAAACGAACGUGUUAUAGGUGUAAAACAUUUCUCAAUUUUUUUUUUUUACAAGGAAAUGGCCUUGCGUUUCCGUCUCUUGGCGUUGUUUUAAGGUUAAUUGGUGCCAACGACUCUAUUACAACGGACCAUAAAAAAAAAUUAAACCAAUCAAACGACAUGCAUAACACUCGUAUACAUUAUUAUUGUGCAUAGGUGUGUUAUAGUUACCGUAAACGUGUAGAUACUUUAGUAUAUAUAUAUAUCAGGUAUAUUAGCACUUAGUUUCGGUUUUACCGAGAUCGACGCGUUAGACGACCGUUAUUAUUUUCGGGCUUUUGACCGUCCGUCGUCGAAAAGAUCGCUAGGUACUUGUUUUUUAACCGUUGGGAGCCCUUUAUUUUCUUCGUAUUUUCGUAUUUGUUGACGUAUACUCCGUUUAGCGUAAAAAAAAUAAAAACAAAAACGUUGUCGUUCGAAACGAAUCGCACGCCGGUUAUCUUUCGACAAAAAAAAAAAAACGUAAAAAAAUUCACAUUCUAAUCAGGUACCCGCCCGUAUAUUAUAUGUGCGCGUACCCGUUUUCCAAUCACGUGUACUCGUUUAUUUAUAAUCAGUGGCGUUUUUACGGGGUGGGGUGGUGUGGAUUUAGAUUGUGAAUUAGUUUAAGAGCAUAUAAAACAUCAAAACACCAAAAUUAUCCGAUAAUUUAAAUUAUAUUUUAAACUUCGUGAGGGGGGCAUAUGCCCCGUCUUCCCCCCUCUAGGUGCUCGCGCUUGCGUUCACUUAUAAAGGCCAUUAACUUUUUGGGUUGACUCUGUAAAUUAAUCUUAGUUAUAAACUUCAAUAAUCGUUUUUUCUCAAAACUAUACAUAUCGAGUGUGGUUCUAGAGGUGCGUACAAGAGUAUCCACCGCUUUUAUCUGCAUUUCUUUUUCUCGUGUUCCUUAAUUUUAUCGAUUCGAGACCGGCCGUUUAUUAUUGUGCACCGUCACUACUACAGCCGUUGUCGUCUCGACCGUUUAUCGCAGGGGUUUCCAGCAGUGGUGGUCUCUGGACUUGUCUCGAGUAGUCCGUGAACAGACUCGUCCCGAGUGGUGGUCAGUCAGUCGGUCAGUUAGUUUACUGUAUUGCUGAUUUUAUUAUAUACGUAUAAAUUCUAGAGAAAUAAGCGAUGGAAGGGGGAAGGGGUGAGUGGAACCAAGUGGUUCGCGGCGGUGGGAAAUUUACAACAGUGGUCAGUGCCUAAUAUGUUAAGUUGGGAACCACUGGUUUAUGGGUACGCUAUUUGGAUUUAAUGGCUAUUGCGACCACCGCCACGACAACAAACAACAACAAUAAUAAAUAACACGUGAUAAAUAUCGUCGUCUUUACCUAUCGAUUAGAAAUUAAUCGUAUUGUUUUAUUGCGACGGGUAACCGAUAUGAUUUGCCCGGGGAAACCGUAACAAUAAUAAUAUUUCGUGCGCGGGUAAGUACCGUCUAUUCCGGACACGAAAAUCGCAUUUCGUCUAACGAUAUCAAAUGUGCACAGGCGACCGACGGCAUUGUCAACGCAACGAAUCAACCGUUGUUCCCCGGUAUACGGUAUUGCAGUAUUCGAGGGGGGAUGGGGGUGUGGGGAUAGUUUUUGAAGGUUAUUUGUUUAGCCCUCGCCAUCGAAAGUGUUCCACACCCAUCCGUAAUAAUAAUUACCGUAUAUAAAACGGGUGUUAAAAUUUUGUUUUUUUUUUUUAAUAUCGCCUAUUCAGAAUAACAUUUUUCAAUUACUUUUAAUUAAUUUUAUAAUUACUACCAAAAAAAAAAAAAAAAUCGAAAAAUAAGAACAUCGACCACUGGUGAAGGGGCGUAUUUAAUUGAUACGGAAAAUUAAGUCGAUGUCUACUAAAAUAUAGCCCUUUUAUAGUAUAUAAUUAAAUUAACACUGAUUUGUUAAAAGGGCGGUUACCUUGUGUACGAGUAAUUUUAUCGUUUUCCAUAAUAAACAUCAUUGAAAAUUGUUUUGCUGUUUUUUUUUUGCUUCAUGAAAAAAAAAUUAAAUUUGAUAAUUUUAACAAAACACCGUCGCACAGUGGCCCAGAAUGAGUUAAAAAAUAAUGGGGCAAAAAUAUUUUUUGGCGUAUUCCACUUGAUUUGGGUUUAUAAGUCUUAGAAGUAGGUAUUUAAAAAUCAAAAUCAAAAAUGAAUUACUUAUUAGUUAUUGCUUUUGUUAGUGUUUAUUUUUAAUACAAUCUAUACACAUAAAUUAAAUUAAAAUGUUUGUCUGUCUGUCUGAGCUUAUCUCUGAAACGGCUGAAUCAAUUUCUGUGGGACUAUCACGGUAAAACAGGGCAUUUUCCCGAACAUAAUAUAAAUUAUUUUUUAUCCCAAUAUUUAAUAAUAUAAAACAAAAAAUAAGACUAAUUUAUUUGAAUUAGUGAGUUAUGGUUUAUUUGAUACAUUGAAAAUUUCCCAAUAGGCAGCUAUAGGAAAACGAUUUUUUUUAAAAAAUACAACCCACCAAUGUAAUUAAAUAUUUAAGUUGAAUUUGAAACCCCAGUGUGCACUAGUCAUUUUGAAUAGAUCAAUAACAUAAGAAAAAAAAAUACAAUAACGUUUACUAUCAUUAAUAAUAAAAUUAGAAUAUUUCAAAAAAAAUGUUUAGUAAAAAAUAAAAUAUUAUUACUAUUACUUACUAAUCGAUGUUUUCAAUAAUGCUAUUUCGAAGUUUAAUGUAUAAAUAUAUAUAUUGAGAGAUAAACGAGUAAUAUACGAGUAAAAUAAUUGUACAAUUACAUUAAUUAUUAAUGAUAUCAGAAAAUCAAAAGUUAAUAAUAGGUAUAUUUAUAGCUUGUUAUCCGGUAUAUUAAUCGUUAAUUGUACGAUAACAUAUAAUGGACUAUACUUAGGUUUAUCCUACUACUAUCAAAGUGUAAUAACUUGGGUCUUAUAGCACUUGUAAUCAUGAAAAAAGCACCAAAAUACUUCAUUAUAAGAAUUUAAUAUUAAAAUAAGCAAAAAAAAAAGUAACAUCAAAAAAAAAAAUCAUAUUAUAAGUUUGUUUUUAUUUAGAAAUAAAUUGUAAAUUGAAUUAUAAAUAGUUUUUCUGUAAUACAAUGAUAUUAAAACGUUGGUAAUUUUAAUUGUACCGUCAUCAGGUAAGACUCCUUUUUUCGUAGGAAUAUGAUACAAAGGAGAAAAAUUAUUUUUAAUUAUAGCUUUACCGUGAACAAAAAUGAAAAAACAGAUAUUAACUAAAAUGUUUAGGUUUUUGUCAGUGGCACUUAUCAUAAUUAAGCAGAAAAAAGCAAAAAUAAUUUUAAAAAACUUGAUACUUAAACCUUUAUUUUUUUUUAUUUUCUAAAUAGCUGUAACUUGUUUAAUAGUUCAUAAUAUUCAAUAAACACCCAUUACAUUCCUUUCAAAAUAGUGUUUUAUAUAUAUUUCAUAAUAGGUACUUUUACUCUGAAAUCAAACAACGCCAGUUUUUCCAUUCUGCGUAAGCAUUGUUUUUGUAUGUUACCCGGUAGUUGGAGUGAGAUGUGGGUAUAACGUCCUCUUAAGCGAACGUCGUUUUUCCUGCGUCACCGUGAACGUUACAACAAUAUUUACAGAACAGAUUUUAAAUUGAAAUAUUUUUAAGAACAACGGAAUUGGCCGCGUCGUCGCGUGUUUCGACAAUAUUAUAAAUAUCGUUAAUAAUAAUUAUUAUUACGUCUAUCGAAAGUACCAUAAACCAAAAAAAAGCACUGCAUUAAUCCCGGUCGUAUUAAAUCGAAAUAAUGUGUUUGAAACACCGUAGUCGAGACUCUAAUUUGUGAUAAUUCGCGGGCACUCCACAAUCAUUGUGGCAUUGAUUACAGAUCGCGCGAGAUUAUGUCGAGUUUAAUUUUAACCAACGGAACGGGAAUAUUGAACGCGAAAUGAAAACAGUCGGGAAAAUAAAAAUAAAAUGUCGAACGUUAUUACGGCAAAAUAAACGAGCACCGCAUCCAGUUCGUCACACACUGGGGGAAACAAAUCGGAGCGACAAAGCCAUCGGAGAUUUUCGGAUUUAAAAAGAAACAAAACCUAUGCCUUCGGUGCCUUAUUGCAGAUGAAUUGACAGGGAACGUAUACGGAAACAUCAAUUUCAUUGAAUAUUUUUUUUUUUAUGUUAUUUCGAAUGAAACAAUGAUCUGUAGCCCGCCAAGUAUUUUAAUUCUAAACAAUGAAAACAAUAUUUCAUUUAUUCCGCGUUUAUUUGGCAAUACGAAUCCGUAAAAUAAUACAGAUUUCGAGUCUCUAGUUACUUUUCAUAUCGUGCUCAUGGAUCGAAAUUAAGUUCUUCUUUGGCUAUUCGUUCAAUUUUCAUUGUAUUUUUUAACAAAGAAUAUUUAGUGUGCCUAAUAUUUGUAUUGGCCAUUUCAAUUUGGUUUUUUAAAUUUUAGCGAUUUCCCACCUCCUUCCCGUGCCCUUAAUUAUAAGGGACGUUCACACAGAAGGAGCGUUGGAAAUUAUUUUGUCUCUCUCGAGGGGGAGGUGAUUUUAAAAAGAUUAUUAACGAAUAUGAAAGUGAAUUCAAUAAUUUUUUACUCGAAACGUUUUGUGAAAAUCGUCUAUCCCUUAUUAAUAUAUUAUUAUCGAUAUUAUAACGACGCCAUUUCCUAUCGUAGUGUAAUUUCGAAAGCGAUAUUAAAAUAUUAGUACACAGCGAGUGUUUGUGUGUCCCGGACUUCCGGUAUAGACGUAAAUCCGCGAUAAAAACGCAUCUUCAGACGGAAAUAUUUCGAACGCUCAGAUAUAUCGUUUUAUCUUCGCUAUAAUAUCAUGCCAAUAUCCUGUACGCGUUAUUUUCUGUUUGUACAUUAUAAUAAAAAUAUUAUAGUUAUCAAGGUUGUACAUUAUAUAGCCGUACAACGAUGUUCCGUAUAGUAUAUAAUAUUAUAUCCGUUUCUAUUGAUACACACCGGGUGAUUUGCGAAGGACGCGUUGUGUCCUACUCGAUACUGUCGAAAAAGUCCGAAACGUCUUCGUUUGGUUAGGCGCCUAUCCGUAAUUUUAAAUAGAAUAUUAAUAAUAUUCGCGUGUAAUAACUUACGUAUAUACGCGUAUACCGGCUGAUUAUUAUUUCUAGUUUUGAAAUAUUUUCUUUUUGAUUUUUUUUGACUUUUGAUUUAAAAUAAUCACCCUGUAUAAUAGACGGCCGCUGUCUGUAUGUAUACCGGCUUUGUAUACUACGGGUUAGAAAAUUCCGUCCGGCGUGAAUAUUAAAAGGGGAUGGGGAGGUGGAGGGGAGAAACCGCAUUUUUAAUCGCCGUAUAAAAUUUUUAAAGACUCGGUUUCUGGGUUGGAUCUUUUUAUAGCGUAGGACAUAGGUCAACACUCAACGUCGCCGUCGCCGCCACUUGUGUUUACAUUGUUUUAAUAAUACGUUAACGUUUUUUUAUGUUGGUUUUUAGAGGACAGGAACCCUUUUCUUCCUGUCCACCCGUCGGCCUGAAAUUUCAUAUUGUGUAUAGAGGUCUCGUGGUCUUGUUUGUCGCACUGCGGACGCGAGUAGUAAAAGUGAUCAAUUCUCGCUCCCAAAAGCUAAGAUGGGAGGAUAUUACGCCUUGUUUACGCAAAGAACUGAUUAAAAACGUCCGAGAGCGGCGUUAGUCUAAAAUUCUAAAGAUAAUAUCAACAGUGCCGUUUUAUCCUCUGUUUCAUCCUCGGUAACAAUCUCUAGAUGGCGUAUACUUACCUGUUUAUUUGUGUAGUUGUUUAAGAGAGAGACUCGUUUAAUUUUUGUUUUAGAGUAAAAGCGCCUGUUAUACUGCAGUUAAAAGAGGACAAUAUUUCGGAAGACGAAUCGAUGCGUUUCUUUUUUAAAAUUAAUUUUUUAAAAUGUUACAAUCAUUUAAAACGACGAAUUAGAUAUUAUUUCUAAACGAUGUAUUGAACGUUGUAUCCGGAAUAAAAAUUAGAAUAAUUGGAAAAACGCAUCGUCCCGUAUUCGGGAAUAUUGUCCUUUUUUAAUUUCAUAAUAGGUGAUUUUACUCCAAAACCAAAAAUUAAGCGAAUUCUACACAGUCCGCUUAUGGUAGAUUUUGCUAUAUUGGCUGUUAGUUGGACUGAGACAGCACACGCGGGACCUAAUAAUUACCGUCCUCACUACGGAACGACAUCGCGUAUAUUUACUAGUAACCGACCCUUAAAGACCGUCAUGCCACAAUCGUAUUGUUGUAUAUUUGUUCUACUUUGUUCAGAUCUGUCUCACACGACUGUGAAGGUUACACAUUUCAACCUCUUGGUUAUUUUUAUUUUCAAUAUUUUUGUUAGUGUUCUCUUAUAGGUAUAUGUAAGAAAGUUAUACGAGUAAGUUGAAAAACAAUGACAAAAAUCUAUUCGGUCUGUAACUGACUAAGAGAUAAACACGUAGGUCGGACAUUAUUAUUUUUAUCUUUGUUUUGUUGAUAAUACUGUGUUCGGGCGAUUAAUAAAUAUUAUUCAAUUCUAUGUAUAAUACGACUCGGGACUCGGAUGACUUAUGUUGUUGUUAUUUAAAUUAGAGUAUACGCCUAGUAGUAUACAUGCGAGAUAAUUGUAUUUCGAUUAAAAAAAAAAAAUGUAUAUAUAUAUAUAUAUAUAUAUACAUGUAUAUGUACAUGUAAAUACAAUGUAUAUGCGUAAUAUACUAUACGGAUUAUUAAACACAAAGUACUCGUAUAACGGAUAGUGAUAAUAUUUAAUACGUUGCACUCGAUUUAAUUAUUGAUAAUAAGUACCUAUAAUAAGAAAAUAUUUUAUUGCUGAGAUACUAUUAUAUUUGUAUAGUAUAGACAGGCUUUAGUCGUAUUUUGUGAAACAUCGUUUAAAUUAAUCGAUUCUUUUGUGCUUCGUUGUUCGAAUUAAUUAAUCCUUUAAAUUUAAAACACGUGCUUAGAUAUUAUAAUAAUUAAUAAUUGGUGCGAUUGUCUUCUAUAAAAAGGUGUUGUUUUUUAAACGAUUCAAUCUAUUUUAGUGAUUAUAUAAAUGUUUAAACACAUAGUUUGAUUAUUUUUGUUGUGUUAUACUGCUCAGAAACAUGAGACCUCUCAGAAAAAAAAAAAAUCUGAGAAUUUUUGGUCCAUGCAAAGACGAUCAAGCUGGGGAAUGAAGGAUUAGACGCAAUUUCAAGAACUCCAAGGAUAUUUGUCAACGUUCUAGUAAUGCGUAAGAAAUUUCAGUGAGACCAAUGAAAUGGGCAGGACUUGCAUGGAGUAAACCGGGAUCGAUAAUAAGAGCUGUUAUUUAAAACAGGAAAGCGACCAAUAUAAGGAGACUAAUCUUAAGGUGGGAGGAUUUUGAACCUGGAGUACAAUGAUGAAAGAGACAGCUGUGUACAGGAAUACAUGUAGAAGUAUUUGCUUCUAGGGCGGGUCUAAAAGACCAUUACUCUUUUUAAAAAAAAAAAAUGUCCUCAUGGUGUCUCAUUCUUCUCGAAGUAAUCGACAAGUGUACCUAUAUAAUAAUACUUCAAAAACGUUCGAGUUUCAGGACAAACCCUUCAACAAUCGACAUUUUACUUAUUCAUUGCGUGUAGACAUUGAUGCAUUAUAUAUUUGUGUAUUCACAAUCUGUACAUGUGAAUAUAAUAGGUAUAAUGUAUUAUAGUCAAGAUAUAGUAUACAAUGCAUAACAUUUUGAACAUUCGAAUUCGGUUAAUUGAACCUAACCGUCCAUCUAAUAUCAUCAUAAUCGGGCCAGUUGUUAUUUUAUAAUUAAUCUACACUCCGUAGAAAUUCGAACUAAUUAUAAUUUGAAUUUAUUUUCGCUUUUUAAGAUUAAUCAUAUGAACUAUAUCGUAACGGAAUCGUAAAAACAUUUCGUGUACCAACAUUUCCAUUAUAGAGUGUGUAUGUGUUUUUUUAACAUUAGAAAAUAUAACUUUUCGUUCAGUCGAAAUCAUUAUUUCCCGUAUAGUUGCAGAGCGACAUUUUCGUACGCUCUGUUUUUAUUUAACUAGGUAAUGAAUAAAAUUGACAUUAUUAAGCAUUCAUAAUUUGCGAUGUUAUACAAUGAAACGAAAAAUACACCGACCGUCUUAAUCGAAUACGCCGACAUUGCCGCCGUAGUUCGUGGGAAGACUGAGUUUCCUAUAUUUUACAAUAAAAUACGAGAGAAAGCUAUAAGUGUGUCAGUCGAGUUUUUUUUUUUUUUUGUUUAUAUACGGUUCACGAAAUGACGGUAUAUUUUAUCGUUUUGAAACUCCGAAAUUAAAUUUUUAAAACAAACAAAAAACUUGAUACUGCUCGGGAGUCAAGAGUAGGUCUUCAUUUGAGGUGGGUAUAUAGUAAUUAAGCAUAUAAUACUAAAUUCGGGAAUUAAAUGUAUAUCUGUAAUCAAAGAUAAACCAUUGCUAACGAAAAAACGAUUCUAUUCGGAGUUCAGUUGAUAUAGUGUUGAUUUGUCAACAAUAUAUAUAGGUAUGUCAUAUUAUGAUAAAAUGAUUACAAAAAUGAUUAUUUAAAAAAGAUUAUAAAAUAAUAAAUCUUAAUAAUUACAAAAAAUAAAGAAAAACCGUUGCCACUGGUUAAAAACUGGUUUUUAAUCUUUAAAUCUUUUUAACCUAUGUUUAAAACCUAUGUUAGAACCCGGUUUUCCUCAUUAUCUCGAAUAUUAAUGAGAAUUUCAGAAAAUAACCUCUUUUCAGUACCACCUAGAAAACAUUUCCUUUCAGAAAAAAGGCUAUACUUGAUAAUCGGAGUAAGCUAUUUCUGGUAGAAAAAGUGUUCACAUAAAAAAAAUAUUAUUAAACACCAUUCGACAAGAAUCUAAAGGUCCUAGGAGGGGUGAAACGUUUCGAGUCAAGUACAUCGCCGUACAAAAUUCCCGCAACUUUUAACAUAUGACGUGAACAAAUCCGAGUAUUUUUACAAACGGAAAAAAUGUUUUACGAGAAAAAACCGCAUAUUUGUACAAGACUUAAUGGGUUCUUCGUUAUACUAUUAUAAAUACCUACUCGGAAUCUAAAAAAAAAAAACCCCUUAUAUCGGUCUAUAGUCUAUUCACCGGAAUUAUUGUAUAUUUCCGAAUAAAUAAUACACAACAAUCGACAUGGUGUUUUAAUUCUUCGUGUUUUUUACAACGAUUUUUCGGUUCUUAUUACGCGAGAUAGUAUGUAAUCGCAAAUGUGACAGGAUAAACAAAAAAAAAAAAAUGCGAUUUGUUCGACAUAAGACGGACGUAAACCGCGAGGGCGUGGGCGCCUGAAACACGAUAUUAUUAGUCGACGAUUCAAGGGAUUCAUAACCAAAGUGAGACGACGGUAUCGGAAACCGUACUUCUAUUCUGUAUAUUAUAACACGUAUAUUAUUAUAUGUUGCGCCAAUAAACGUGUACACGUAUACGUGUGAAUUUUUUUGUUCGCCAUUCGGGCGUCUCUUUGUUUUACGAAUGUGCCGUGCUGCGGUGUCUAUUGUUUGAAAAAAAAAAGAACACGCACGUUCCCAUUUGCCGCCCGUACAUACUCGGCGUUCGGUUUGGGUGUUGCAGAAACAAUUCGUGAAAAUUUUGAGGACGACACGGGUAUGCUAUAACGCAGAAUACGCAAUCCGCACAAUGGGGCCGUGUUUAUUUAAUUUCCUGCCGUCUUAAUUAUUAUUACAAUAUACCUGCGCCUACCUAUUUAAUGACAAUAAUAAUACUAUGUUCGAUUAUUAUUUGCGCGGUUUUAUCGCUCCGUCAUUUUGUAUUUGUGCGAUUUUUGUCCCGGUACACCCCGUCCGUGUAGAUAUGAACGUUAAACAGUCUUUUAGAAAGAAAUAGGUUUUUUUUUUUUUAAACGAAUGUACUCACAGCUCGCAUAAACAUAUUGCAAAACACUAUUAUAAUUAAUAAGAUAUAUUAUGACUGACUAUAUGUUCUUGUAUAUUUUAUAACCGAGUCCCGCGACAAGAUAAUACGAAAAGGGAAAACUGCGCGUUCGAUUGACCUGCGAAAAAUAAUUUUUUUUCCACGCUACGAUUGCAGAAACGAUAACAGCGAUAAUAAUUUCAAUUAUUUUCCCUACUAUCGCUCGUUUUUUUUUUUUUUUAAUUUUAUCGCAAAAUUCACGGCAUAAACAAAUAUUUUUUCGCGGGUUAAUCAAUGGUAUUUUCCCGCUCGGUAUAUUGGAUUAUACGGCUGCCAGGAUUCCCGUUUAAUCUUAUACGUAUAUUACGGUUUUUUGUGUAGGUUUAUUUUACGCGAUUGUUAAAAUUUCCGGUUGAAUACCUAGUCAACAUUAGUCAUACUCAUGGAACAAUUUGGUCGCUGUACAUAUAAAGUCACGCGGCCGAAUGCGGUUUGUUGUUGACGCGAUACGAUGUUCGUGUGUUUGUUAUUUUGUAUCUGCUAUCGAUAUUUUUGCUUUACGAAUUUCAAGUACGCCUGAUCCGUCUCCGCCUCCUUCGCCUUCAUCGCAACUCUUUGAGAUCGGUCGCCUUUGUUUUAAACUUUCGCUAGACCCGAUUUCUCACAUCGUCCUCAUACCAUUCUCAAUCGCAUCCAACCAAAUUUUUUCCGGUCUUCCUCUUUCCCUGUUCUUCUCUAUGUUUAUUUUCAUAAGGUAACACUCAGUCUAUUUUCUUCAAUCAUUUUGUACACUGUCGAAGCUACGUCUAUGUUCACAUGUACAUAUUAAAUAUUAUAAUGUUUACAUCUAAGGUGCACAUGAAUACCAGCUAAGGGUCUAGAUCCCUUGAACCCUUGAACUAAAAAUAAAGAAAAUUUAACAAGCAUAACAAAUUGUACGAUUUAUGUUAUAGAUCAUUAAAAAAAGUUCUGCUUGAGUAGAUCACUGUUGUACGUGGGAAGUAAGGCGAGUAGAAUUAUUUAUUAGGGUAAUUUUAGUUUAUUAGGUACUGUAUAUGCAACGAUAGAUCAUUCUUAACGAUUCUGAACGGGAUUCGGUAUAACAUUAUUUGUUAUAUUUAAAUUGAAAAUUGUAUUGAUUUGUAAUUACAAUAAUUGUUUUUAACGAAUUUAAUGAUAAACUCGAGGCUAAAUUUGAAUUUGAAAUGCUCGUGAAAAAAUUAAAGACUUUAUAGGUUCACUUUUUUUUUCAAUCACAACGUACAAGUUGUGACUUAUUCGAUUUCAAUAUAAAUUUCACCGUGUUUUUUUGUUUUAGCUUUGUACACCCUAACAGAAACCUUUUUUUUUUGUAUAUCCACGGUUUAAGUAUCAACGACCGUUCUUUUUGGGGUGUCUACUUUCAACCCCUCCUCAAACAUUUUUAUGCUCAAACGUCACGUAGCGAAACGUACCUUCGUAAAAAUGUCAUUAAACUCUGGCGACCAUUAUCAUUAGUUUAGAUAGGUUAAAAAAAACAAAUUAUUAUUAUUUUAACGGCGAUAAGUCGACUGGGGGAAUAACAGCCUAUUCGUAUAUAGUGACGCAUAUAGUGACGUAUAUAGUGACGCAGAGGCUGUUCACGGAUAUUUGUUUUUGUUUUUGUAUUUUGUUUUUUUUUUUGAUUUUGUUAACGAACUAUUUAAUAACAACGAUGAUGAUUUAUUUGUUUCGUUAUUUUCAUAACAUUGAGUGUAUAUUUGGAACUUAAGAUGUCGCUCCGGCGGCACAGCAUUAAUUGUUGUUCGCGUGACACAUUUUUCGUAAAUAAAUUAUAGUGAUACUCCUUAUUACGUAAAUUACAAUAAUAUUGUUAAAUAUGUCGCGUGUAUGUGGGUAUUUUAACGUUUUUUUUUUUUCAAUUAUGAUUUGGCUUUGGUCACAAACACAUUGUAUACGUGCGUCAAUUACACUGCAACUGAAAACAAGCCAAAAACGAACGUUGCGCUUGCGCCACGACUAAAUUAUAGUACCUAUAUGCAUUAUAUUAUUAUUGUCCGGGUACCGGGUUCUCGUACGAAUAUCUGAAAAAAAACUUUAUAAUUCCGGUUUUCUGUAUGCGUACAUAAUGAAAAUUCGAAUUUCGCGAUUAACGAUUUCGGUCGAUUUUGUCCGCAGAACACGUGAUUCCCGUUCGGGAAAUUAGUUAUUAUACAGAUCUAGUAUAGUAUUUUUUGUUUUUUACUAUUUUUAGUCUUUAUACAAUGACUGUUGUAUACACAACAAUAUCUCGGCGGAGAAUUUUGCUCGAAAGUAAAAUAUGACGCGAGUACCGAUUAUUUUAUAUGAGUAUACGCGAUUGAUAACAGUUUUAUUUUAUAACAAUAAUAGUUUUAGCGUUUUGCAGGCCGACAGGUUAUCUGAAGUGAAUUACGAUUCAAUGCAUCAUGUUUUUUUCGCUGCUAUAUUUUAAAAAUAUUCGGCGUUUUUUCAAACUCGUAUUUUUUUUUCGUAAUAACGAUUAGAUAACAACAACAAUAAUAAGUAUAUGGUAAGUAUGCCGGCGUAAUUUUUUCGCCAUAACGAAAGUAUUACAAGUAUUUAUCGAGAUAUUUUCAUAAUAAUGUGUUUACAAGCGAUCGACAUAAUAUAACGUUUAAGACAUUAUUAUUGCUGUUAUCUUGGAAAUAUUAUUAAAUUUGUUCGGAAUUGUUUUUUUUUUUUUUUUUAGAACAUUUUAGAAACAAAAACAACUUUAAAACGAUACGCAUUACCGUUGUUUUACGCGAUCCUUAUUUUCCCGGGGGUUAAAUUGCUAACUUGUUUGUUAAAAAGGCGAACUAAUCGACUAAUUCGAACUAACUAAAUCGAAAAUGGUCAUCUUAUUACGAACCAGUAAAUUUCUCGGAUAAUUUUAAGUGUAUUUGAUUCCUUUUUUUUUUUCAAUCAUUAUGGAAUUGUUUAAGUUUUAUUGUAAAACCAUUUUUAAUUUGUAACCCCGCUUUUUGAACGCAGAUUUGAAUAGAGGAUAUUGUUCUAAACAUGUUGACAUGUAUAACACUAAUAUAUAGGAUUUACCAUUGAUAACGGUUACAACAGUGCAAAAUUUAGACCGAAGGAGUAUGGUUGUGAAUUUAUCGUCUACAAAUGGUUUUGCAAUUUAUUAUAUCUUUGCAUACUCCUCCGGUCUAAAUUUUAACUUUAGUUUGUAAAUGGUAAAUAGUUAUACAUAUUAACAUUUGUAUAUCCUCUAUUCGAAUCUGUGUUAAAAAAAAAAUUGGUGUUUCUAUAGAAAAAUCAAAAGUGAAUACUUUUGAAAAUAGUUUUAAAAUACAGUUUAAACGAUUCCAGAACGAUGGAGAAAAAACAAAUAAAAAUCAAAUUCACUUAAUAAAACCUUCCGAGAAAAUGUCUGAUUUAUGGUGAAUAGUGAUCACUCUGUAUUACAAUAAAUACUAUAAAUAAAAAUUUGUUUAAUUUAAAUCAAUUUCGGCGGCAGCAACCUGCGUAUAGUCAAUAGAUAUUCCGCUUUUAAAACGUCCGUUUUAUGAAUAUGGGGAGAGGAACCGAUAAAAAAUUAAUACUUUCCAAGGUAAUGUAGUACGUGUCUUACGUUGUGUUGAUCACUCUGUAAAUAGGCAAUUCAAUUAGUCAACAUAAAAUUCAUUUAUCGCGAUCGAGUUUACACUGCUUAUGUAUAUUUAUUUAAAAACAAAUACAAAUUUUAUACGCGUACUACAUAAAUAUUGUUGAAUGUUAUUUUUUUCCUAUUUAGUUAUACGAUUAUUUUAACGUUGGUAUUAUUUAAAACCACAUUAAAACGUAAUAUAAUUUUUGGUUUGGUUUAACUAUGAUGUUUUUUCCUUGUAUAGGGAAUAAAAUUAGCAAUUAUUUGUACGCACAAUUUUUGUUGAUUUCUGGGUCACCUUGAUAAAAAUGAAAAAUACUACGACCGAUAAAGUAGUGUUCAGAAUCGAUAGUUCAUCGUAGCGCACUGAUAUACAUUAAAUGACUUUAUAGAAGAACUAAACUUAUAUCUAAUUUAUAAUCUAUAUAGAUUACAUUAUUAUCCUCCCUUCCAACUUCCCUUCUGAAGACACACCCAUCAUCAGUAUCAGCCUUUUUUUUUUUUGCGUAACGGUAUGUAGUGUGGCCAAUUACGAUAAUAAUUUAUUGUUGUACAAUACGAAACUCCGGUCAGUUCAGGAGAGAGAAAGGCGGAAAGGUGCGUUUUUAAUACGAUUUUUCAAAAAAUCUCAUACGAAUACGUUUUCCAAAGUUGCGUCAGAAUAACAUAAAUAAUAAGUCUAUCGAUUUCGUAGUCGUUUUACACGACAACAAAUUUCCGAACUAUCAAUAAAUAACCGUAUUUGCGAAGGCGCGUUGUACUAAUGCUGUAUAGACGCGCACAAUCGGAAACGAGAGUCAAAAAUCUGUCAAGGACUUAUUGAAAUUUAGGUUUUUUUUUUGUUGUUUUAUAAAUCGUCGCUAUUUGUGCGUAUGCAAAUCAAAGUCUAGCGUUUUGGUUUUUUCGUCGUCGUCGUUUAUCUAUACAGGUACUUAUGAUAUUAAAGUCGAAAGGAGUGAUAGAAAAAAAUAACCUAAACAGUCGCCAAACAACGGGAAGAGCACUGGGAAAUGUUCUCGUCGCAGUCUCCUCGAGAAAAUUGUUUAAUAAUAUCCCGUCUCGGUGUAACCACAGCAAUUGUCGAACGUUUAUUUUUAUGUUUUUUUUUUUUUUAUCAGAGAUCUCGUAUAAAACACACAUUUUGUUAUUGUUUUACGUAAUCGAAUUUUAUUAUCCAAUACGCGGUGUAAGCACACUUAUCACGGUCUCGUUUGUUUUCGUCGAUAUAAAAAAAAAAAUCGUAUUCUCGGCCAGUUUGUGCGUCGGAAAGAAAAAAAUAAUAAUCGCGUAACGCAAAAUAAUAAUACCACCGUUGAAUUAUUUAUUUGUUUAUAGGUAGGUAGGUAGGUAGGUAGGUAGGUAUGUAUGUAUCUGGUAUACAUUGUAAUAAUACACGAUUUCCUGUUUUGUUUUUUUUUUCUUGAUUCCCGUUCCCCGCUGUUUAAUAUUAACGUAUUAUAAUAUGUGUGUGCGUUUUUUCUUUUUCGUUUUCCGACCCACGACCGCGCGGUACAGUAUUCACCACUGCGUUGUUAUCACGCCGCGCCGUACCCUCCUAUUAUACGUAAAAAUUAUUUCCGAGUGAUAAAGCGAUUUCAUAAGCCGCCGUCGCCGUCCAAGGGGAAAUUUCACUUUGUAUAUAAUAAUAUGACCGGCUGUGCGGCGCUGUGUUCGCGUGUAAUAAAUGAUAGUGCACUCGAUAGUAUACAGUAGUUUUAUGUAUACAGCAGUCUCUCGGUUAGAUACGCUAUGUUGCCGUUUUUUUACGAUUUUUAUUAGUUUUUUUGUAUUUUUUUUUUUGUAUAUGAUUUUCCGGAAAAUUUCGAAUUAUAAUAUUCGCGCUCGUACCAAGAAAGCAGCUCGUGUCCCGUGGCCGCAGACAGCUGUACCGCCGCCGCUGCCUGCGGCAGAUAGCCUUAACCUACAUUCCGCGAGUUGGUGCGAUAUUAUUACAAUAAUUACGUUGUUUUUCCCGUAUUAUUGUUAUUUCGAUGCCCGUCCAAUGUGUGUGUGUGUGUGUGUGUUUUAUCGAAGGGUGUACAUUAUACGUCAAAAGCCUAUGUAUGGGUAAUACACGUAUAAUAAUGUAUAGUAUCAAUCGCGUCAGUGCCCGGCGAAAAUCGGCUGAAAAAAUUGACCCGAUAAGUUAAAAAGGAAAAAAAAUAAAUAUAAAAAUGGUCAUCGCGAUAACGUCUUUACACUAUAAACAAGCUAAAACCCGUCGGUCGGCGUUGGCUCACGUACAUUUGUCGGAAACACAUUCGAUUGCUUCAAAACUUUCAUGAGAUCGUGUUAGUUAACACACAGGUGGGCGAGUACUCUUGCAGGCGGGUAGUUGACCGGAUAUAGCUGUAUAGGAUAUACGGGACAGUGUAGUUUAUACAAUUAUACUGUGUACAACGAUAGUAAAUCGUCGCGAACGAAAUAGCGAUUCUGAGCGUGGUUUUUCACUUGUUGCCAAUGUAUGUAAUAUACAGGCUAUCUCAUGAAGAUAUACCCCUUGAAUAUCGCGUAACGCGGUUAGGUUAUUCCCUAGAUAACAUCGGUUUUCACACGGAUUAGAAGAAUUUAAAAUGUCUAGAAACUAUUCAUCGGAUAUAAAUGUGUGAUACAUUAGAAUUUUCUUAAAAAUAAACUUUACAGACGGAAUGGCGAUCUUAAAAUUUUCCGAAAAUAAUAAAAUAAAAAGUUAAUUUUUUAAAUUCUUUUACUAAAAAAAAAAAAUAUUUGUUUUCCUUAUUUCUGUGAGUAAUAUGAAAAAUCAGAAUUUGAUUAUUUUUAUUAUCUCCGGAGAUAUUUAAGGAGUAUAUAUCUUCGUGGGACAGCCUGUAUAUAUUAUAACCGUGCAGAAAUCAGAAAAAAAAGUAGGACCUAAGGAGUGAACUACUAAAAACGUCGAUACAUUUAUCAAAUAAAAUGUCGCCAAACAGAGAAAUUUAGCAUCUUUUAUUGUAUAACUUAAACAAUCACAGCGUUUCUACUAGGUAACAUUAAACCGUUUUCCGAAAAGAAAAAACAUCUUUUCUGAACUAACGAUUAUUCUUCUUCUUUUAUGAUAAUGAUUCUUAUGCUCAGAAUCGAAUAACGCAAUGGAUAUUGACCAUCCGCACUAAAGUUCACGCGGGGGAGUGUAGAUAAAGUUAACGGCACUCCAUCACGUAAUAGUUAUAGACUUUUUUUUUUUAUAUACAUACUAGAAAGUGAGAAACUACGGCUUUCCGAAUUUCUCACAAAAGUUUAUGUGCGGUUUGUGCAAGAGAGUGCAAUAAUAAUGGAUCCGUGUCAAUUGAUAGUAAUCAAUUGGUAGUGAGACCAUUAAGUACCUAUAUGUAUAUAAUAAUUGAUUGCGCGACACUUUAAUUGUAUACAAGUAUGUUAUUGAUGUAGGUCAAUCAACAAUUAAUUGAGAAAAAAAAGUACACUUAAGACAAAAAUUUUUGAUCGAUCUUUGCUCCACUUAAACUCUUAUUUAACCACAUUUAACCAUAUUUAAACUAAUUAUACUACAGACAAUUUAAUUAUUGUCGUGUAAGCCUAUUAUAUAUAUAUAUAUAUACAGAUAAUUAAACUAGAAAUAAAUAUGUUUAACGAUAACAGACAAGAUAAUUUCGUGAGUUUUAAUAAAGAAUUUUUUUCAGUAGUAUUGCAUAAUUUGCCAAACUUAUGCCGCAAUCAAUAAUUUACUCUGUAUACGUUAUAGCUUACAGAUUAUAAAUUCUGCGCGAAUAGAGGAAUUUAUUGAUUUUGCUUUGAUGUGUUUUAUUUAUUUUUCUUGUGUCUGUAAACAACGUUUCUAUCAGAAAUCUUGUUCUAAACAAACAUUUUUUAGGUAUUUUUUUGUAACAUUUUUGAUCGAUUUGAUACAUUAGAAAGACAUAUUUUUGUUGAUUUUGGGUUAUCUUGGAAAAAAGAGUUGAUACUGUGAAUGGGUGUGCCAUUGUUGUAAAUUUAAUUUAUAUCUGUAACCAAAGAUAAACCAUUGCUAACGUAAAACAAUUCUGAGCGGAGUUCGGUUGAUAAGUAAUGCUUUGUCAACAAUAUAUAUGUCAUAUUAUGGUGAAAUAAUUACCUAUGUAUUAAUAAACUUUAAUAAUACUUGUAUAAUAUAAAUGUACAUAUUUUUCCGUUUUUUCCAUUUAUUGGGAAAAUCAAAAAACGAUCUCCUUAACGUAUCUCCCCAGUCAGAUUUAAUUUUAGAAAAAGUGCUAUUAUUAUAAAUCCGUGCAAAAUUUCUGUUAGAAAAGUUGUUAAAAAAAACAUCAUUGUAAAACCAAUACAUUUCUCGCUCCGCUCAGAAUCUAAAAACAAAAUCGUAAUACUGAAACCAUAAAUGCUGUAAAAUUGUUCGUUUUUCUUAAGUUUUUUUGGUUUAACCGGUAAAACAAAAUAAUAUUUUCGUUUAAGAUAAUGAUAUUUUGCAAUCGACAUCCUCUCCACGACCCUUGUGUAUUUAUUUGUCACCAUAUGCACACUCGUGUCUUUCAUGCGCAAGCGCAUUGCCUUGGCCUUAAUCAUCAUUUCCCCUAUUAUAGUAGCACUCGUCGCCAUGACGAUAUUUUACUAUACUUGUGACUUGUCGUAUAUAUUUUGUAAUACUGUCGUGCGGUUCGCAGCUCCUAUCCCCAAUAUGUAGUAACAUCCUCGCCGAAAUUGAUUUCAUUUUUCUCCACUAUAACGCUGUCCGGUCGGCAGCUCUUUACAUCAAAUCGCAAUUUAACACGACGUUUAUUUCUGUUUUUAUUUAGUUUUUAUCUUUCGUAUUUUUUGAUUUUAAGGGAACGGUUGAGCCGUAUUGUAUGCAUACGGUUCGAUUGCGAUGAGCUUUCUAAAUUGUAAAUAUAGCAAGUCUUCUGCUCUCUCUCCCUCUCUCUCGGAUACUGAUAUUAAAUUACAUCUUAAAUCUCAAUCUCUUUGCCUGUUAUUAAUCUCUUUAUUUCAUCAUUAAUAACGCUAGCGUUUAUAUAAAUAGCAUGUAUUAAUUAACUUUUAUUUCGAGUAUUCUUUCAUUUCGAGAAAAAGUAUAUGAGCCUUAUUAGUAUUUUUAUUUUUACUUAUUUUGUGGAAAACAACAAAUAAAUUUAAACUCUCUUUUAGAUUCUAGCGUAACGAGCGGAACGUAUUGGUUGUACAACGAGCUAACAGAAAUCUUGAUCCAAUUAAAAACGUCAGGAGAUUUUUUUGUAAAUCGGUUAAAUAUAAUCAUAUAGAGAACUAAAAUUUUCACAGAAUAAUAAUAUUAGCCUUUUCCAACGUGGUGAAAUUGUCAUAUCAUUUUAGCGAUUUUAGAGUAUAUAUAUUUGACAUUUCCUAGUUUUUCUUUUUGAUUUUAUGUGUGGAUACAAUUGUUAAGAACAGAAAUAUUUUAUCAUUUUACAAUAGGCUCAUUUUAAGUUUUAUUUAGUGGUAAAAAAAUAGUUGAGCGUAAUUUUAUUUCGGUUUUUUUUAACAGCCUUUUAAGUUUGAAUUUUGAUGAAAAUUGUAAAAAUCAUGACUUUUAAAAACAUGCGAAUGCCCCCUUCGCCCCCCCCCACAGGUACACCUCACACCCUCUGGCUUCCGAAAGUUUAUAAUACUCUCGCUUAUUUUACUAUAACUGACAAAUAAUACGAUGUGCAAUUUUCGGUAAACUAUAUAAUAUUAUUUGUUUGUUUUCGGUCGUAAAUCAAUUCUCACCAUUAAUAGACGAAACCCGAUAUAAUAUGAACUACAAGGUUAUAUACCUAUUAUACUAUAAGGUGUCUGAUAGUUUUUUUUUCUGUCCUCAAUAUUAUGUAUUCGGUCGGUUUAAUUGUUUUCGAAUUUUCGUUCUUUUAUAUUAUAUAGGUAGUAUAUCAUAAUAGUAUAGAAGUCUUGUUAACGGUCGUCUCGUGAUUGGUCCCUGGAUAUUUAUUGCGGGAGCCACUGGCCAUGAGAAAUACACAUAUAUAUAUAUAUAUAUUAUAAUAAUUAUAUUGUGUCAUAUAUAAUUAUUUUAUCAUUCUCAACUAUUCAUUACCAUUAACCGUAAUUACAAUAAAUUUGUUGGAAACUAUUAAAAAAAAAACCGCCACAAUGUGUCCACUUUUUCUUUUUUGGUCCAAGGUGAAGAAAAAAAAAUCCGAUACUCAUUUAUUCGUAUCGUUUGUUUAUACUCAGGGCCGGAAAAAAGCAACGCGGAAUCGGGUAAAUUUACCGCAAAUAAAAACAACAAACGGCGGGAAAUGGAGCUUGAGGGGGAAAUUGAAUACAUGAACAAUCGAUUGAUUAUAUUAGGUCAUCGUGAUCCACGGAUGAAAUGUUUUUAUUUAAUCGUGAUUUUUAAAGAAAUACAAUUACCUCAUUCUCAUAAUAACUCACAAAUCCAUCGAUAGUAACCGGCGACUAUUUCCCCUUGAAAACGGUUAUAAAAUAAUGAAAUUCGUUUCGUUUUACCAGUCAUAACAUUCUGUGAUCAUCUCGGAUAACCGACUACGAGCGCGGUGACUUUUCGUUAUCCCUUCCAGAAUUAUUACUUCCCCUUAUUGGAACCUUAUUAAACCGAUUUGGUAACCAACACACAUUAUCUCUUUCUACAAUCAUGAUGUUAUCAAAUAAUCAAUUCAAUUUAAUCUUGGAUAUUUCGUUUAAAUGUUUUAAACGUUAAAAUAUUAUUAUUCGUUUAAUUUAAGUUUUGUUCUAUAUAAUACGAUCAUGAAUCAAGUAUACAUGUAAUCAAACCUUUUUGAUCGAUAAGCCGUUAGCUAUAGUGAACAGUUUAAAAUGAACAUCUCUGUUGCCACCGGUUACUAUGGGUUUGUAUCCAUUUGUACCAAAACGGUUCACUAUCAAUGUGUGUGUGACCGGUAACUUGUAACGAAUUUGUAGAAUAUAUUAUUUUAUUGAAAAAAACCUGGUAAUCGAAUCGAAUUCAAACGAUAUUUUUGUUGACCAAUAUUCCGAAGCGGAAUUAUAUUGAUUUUUCGACAGUCGGUCGUGCGGUCGUGAGCCCGAACUCGAUCCAACCGGUCCGACCCGGACUUUUCUGCCGUUUUUCUGUAUCAUCGGUAUCGUGUUUCCGUAUAACAAACAAAUUUCGUCGGCCGCAAUAUUAUAAUGACCGGCACUCGUUUCGCUUUCCGUUUUGACACCGAGCAGAAAAUAAGACCAGGUACCUAACCUAUCGUUUUUGAAUCGCGGUCCGCGUGGGAUGAUGUUUACGUGUUGAUUAUUAUUAGUAUUAUUUACUUCCAAUGGUUAUUAGAGAGUGACGGUCGAUUAUUAUAGUCAUACCUUCUAUGUAUACGACGACGGCGACAUGCGGUGGCCAUGAAUAAAAAAUAAAAAAAAAAUCAAGUGCCAAGUGAAAGUAUUACGUAUAAUAUUAUAAUGUACGACGAUUCGGCCCGCGCGCUACACCGACCUCUCGCGAUAGUCGCAAACAAAUUGGUCAGUACUUUUUUUUUUUUUUAAUUUUCCACUUCGCCCCCGUCACGCAGAAUGUAUACUUUCUUUAAUAUUAUUACGGUUUAUAUGUACGUAUUUAUAAUACACGUAUAAAACGAGACGAGCGACCGUAUAUUAUGAUAAUAUAUUGCUGCGUAGAUUCAUACUCGGAGGCGGUGAAAACGAUUUUCGGACCUAGUCGACCGACGCGGUUAUAUAUAUUUUUAAAACAGAGUGUUUAUCGUGUUAUUUUAUCGUAUUAUAUUUUUCGUCAAAGUCCGUUUCCCCUCCGCGAUGUUUAUCCCCGAUAAUUAUCAUCGUAUUAUCGGCGGAAAAAAAUAAUCAUCAACAGUUUUUACGCGCCGAUUUCACUCGAUGUUCGCCAUAAUCAAUAAUGCCCUUUUUAAAAAAUCAGACAACAUUGCGAUUAUUGCGAUACGAGCACAAAAUUGCAAACAAAAGUUUCCGGAAGGAAAAUAGACAUUUUUCAUGUUUUUGCCCCGAAAAACAUUGGUUUAUCGUGAAAAUAAUAUCACAGAUAACGGAUAUAAAGUCACAGAACAAUAAGAAAAAUACCCGUUUUACUGAUUUUCGUUCAAGGUGUAUAACCCACAGAUUAUAAGUCUAUUCUCUUGUAAAGUUUUGGUACAGAAAAAAGCACACGACCGUUGAAAAGCGAGCUUUUAUAAAAAUGCGGAGGAAUAAUCGCAUCCGGAAUAAUUUUCAGUUAAAAAGAAAACGUUUCUGAACUGUCACUAAAUAGAUUCCAAUUUUAAGAAUGUACAAGUAAAAAAAAUAUCUGUGUACAGAACGCGUUGAAACAUAAUAUCACGGAAAUUUAAUACAAUAAAAAAAAAAAAAUCUGACUGUUAUUUUAUUGGUUUAUUCACCGCUCGGUAUCAAUUAUUAUUCAUUAAUAAUACUUCAAUUGAACAAUUUUCACUCACGCGUAGGUACAUCGGUCAAUAAAUGAAUGCAUAAUAUUAAUAGAUUUAUAUGUAUAUAUAUAGACGAGUAUAUAUGAGUUCUUUGACUUCAGCUCGGAAAUUAUAAAUUAGACAAACAUUCGAAUCUGUCAAUUAUAAUUUGUGUAUGUAAUAAUAGUUUUACGCUAGUGAAAGAUUGAAAUAUCUCGGGGCCAAUAUAAAUCAAUACAAUAACCCCCGCACAAUGAAAUUGAGUUGAUGCUAUCUACUGCAAACAAAAGUUUUUUAGGUGUAGACAAAUCGUUUGAGUCAAAAUUGAUCUCAAGACGAUCAAAAGAAGGCCCGUGCUCGAAUUUCCUAUGUCCUGUUUUGAUAUACUUACAUAUGUGAAUGUUUGUAUACGGGUGUGUCAUCUACUAAAGAAAAACAAAUGUUUUGUUUUUAAAAACACAAUACUUGACGGAUAUAUUGACGGAUCAACAUUAGAAACUAGAGAGUAUAAUAGAAGGAGAACAAAUAGCUAGAAAGUCCAACCAUAAUUUGCCAAGACCCCUGUAUAAGAAAACUGACCAAACGGCCUUUUGAAGAAAACCUUGGUCGGGAAAUAAAAUUAGAAAAUAUUAAGGGGAUCGUCAAAAACAACGUUGGGUAGACAGAGUAAAUGACAAUUUAAUCAAAUGUAUUCAGGAAGUGGCAAUAGAAGAUAGCGUAAACAGAGUUAGAUAUGAUUAAGAAGAAUCCGUUUUCAAGCACUAUUGUCGUUUUUUGAUUUUACUUAUUGUAGUUUUCUUACGAGAAAGUUAAAAGGCAAUUUUAUAUUUUGUUUUUUUGCUUUAAUUUGGGUGAGGAUAAUCAUAGAGACAUUUUGCCAAUGGUCUUUGGGAAUUUGACAUUUUCACGUUUACUUUUUUCUUUUAUAUAAAACGGUUUUGGCCUAACAGAAACACUUGGAUUUUUUACACUCAGUUGAUCACACGUUGUACUUGUUAGUGAGCACAAAAAAGAAAAAAAAAAAGUUGAACGUAAUAAUGUAGUUUUAUACGGCUUUAAAGUUCGAAUGGAAAUCGUUAAAAUCACGGUGUUUCGCGUACUAAUUUUCUAAUAAUGCGAAUAUAAUUUUUUCGGCCAGGCCAAAAUGUUUGAAAAUUUAACGCGAGGUUUGUCUUACGGAUUUUUGUUUUGUUUUUUUUUUUUUUUUCGAAACCGCGAUGAAACUAUAUUAUACUUAAACUUACAAUAAUAAUAAUAAUGAUAAUACGUUUAAAUAGGACGAUUGUACGUGUAGUGCGUCGUCAUCGUUACAAUAUUGUAAAGCAGUUUACAUUGUCGUACGUCGAGACAAAGAAAAUAAUUAUUAUUUUUUCUUUGACACGCGGACGUACUUACGCGAUAUUAACCCGCCGUAAUAUUUUUCGAAAUUUAAUAUUAAUUCAAUUAUAUUAUUCCCGUUUCCUACCCAUACAUACGGUACCUCCGCGGAGAAAACGUUACGUAAACGUUAUUUUUUUAUUACGUAACGUCCCGACAAGUUCCGUUUGCGAUUAAACGCCGCAGUCACCGCGAUAAAUCGUUUAUUAGAUAAUGUUCUACACGUUCUCACCUCGCGUACAUGUAUCGCAUUAAUUUUGUUGUUUUCUAAUAAUAUUUGAAUAUACUUAUGACAUUUUCGUUUCGUUUCCAGAAAGGAGACCGUUCGCUGUUGGCCCAGUUUUUCUACGCCGACGACGAACUGAACGCCGUCGCCGCGGAACUGGACAGUUUCGACGGUAAAAAAGACCCGCAGCGAUGCACCGCCCUUGUGAAUCACCUGAGACAAUGCCAAGACAAAGUGCGUAUAAUACGAACGUGAAUUAAUUAUUCUUUGAUUCGAAAACGGUUACACGAAUUAUUUACAGCCCAGAUGGAAUUGGAUCAAAAUGGAUUUUUUUUUUUAAUGAACGAAAUUAUAAAAAUUAAGAGCCAGUUUUGAACAUUUGAAUACUCCGUGCAAUUUUCAUUUUCCGAAUUAAAACACCCUAUUUUUAACAUUGCAUUCGAAUACUUCUAUUUUAAAAAAAUAUGUUUGACCAAUACCAUUUUUUUCUACUCAACAAUUUUCGAACAUAGUUUAUUACAAAAAAAAAUGCGAGGUUUUCGAUUUUUUUAAAAAUUUAAAACACACUUCUUUAAAAACGAAAAUUCUGACUACUUAUAUUGUUGUACGGGGAAAAAAUUCUACUAACAGUAGAAAUAUUUCGGGUAAUUUUUGAGACAUAAAAAUAUUAUAGUGAUCAACUUUGCUUGUAAAAUAAUAUACUGCUAUCUGAAGUCGAAGAAACGGAAAAAUGAGGAGGAUUGCGUAUAAACAAAGGUAGAUAUUAGAUGCUCACCAUUGAGGUUGAACUUUUGAAAACUGGCUCAAAACAUGUAUUUUAGUAACUAACCGAGCGUACUUAAAAAUGAGGUUACCAUAUGGAUGAAAUAUUUCGUGUUACUAUUUGGAUGAAACACAUUACAUAAUAUAUCUUCGGUCCCAGCGAAGAAGUGUUGAAGUCAAUUUUGUACAUAGUUUCUAUUACAAGCAAAUUUAAUUUUGAAAAUACACUUUUUCCUACCCACUAAUGCUAAUAGUACACUUCAUUUAUUUUGUAAAUUUACUUAUGCCAUUAAUAUGCCAAAAAUAAAGGGAACAAAAACUACUGUUACUACUACUAACUACUACUGUAGGUGUGAAGUUCGGAAGGUAAAGGAAAUUUAAUGUAUAUCUGUAUGCAGCGUUUAAUCAUUGCUAACGAAAAACGAUUCUAAACGAAGUUCGGUUUUAUAUGUUUGAAAAAUAAUCUUCCUAAAAUAUCACCCCAGUAAAAUUUCCUUUCAGAAAAAGUGCUACACUUGAAAAUCUGAACAAGAUUUCUGGUAAAAAAAUUGUUUACAGAAAAACAAAACAUUGUAAAAUCAAUACAUUUCUUGCUUCGCUCAGAAUUUAUGAUCGGCUUAAGCACUUUUUUUUUUUUUCCUUGGACCAAAGAUACACACAUUGCGAUAGUUAAAUCGUUAUUUAUUGUGCUUGUUUUUUUUUUUUUACAAAUAGGUCUUAACGAUUUGCAUUAAAAUUAUGGACGAAUUGAUACCCGGCGAACGGGCCAGUCGUGAUUUUCGUGUGAAAUUUCCCGACGACGUGAUUCAGGACAAUUUGGCGGGACAGCUGUGGUUUGGCGCCGAGGUGAUUAUAUUAUUAUUUAUUAUUAUGAAUAUAUAUUUUUGUUGUUGUUGUUAUUAUUUUAUUACCGCGGUGGCGUUUAUUGUACACGAGCGGACAAGAAAAAUAAAUAAAUAAAUAAAAAAAAAAAAAACGAAAUAAUAAAUUUUCAUAAGCGCAAUCGCCAGCGUACAAACAUAAUAAAUACGUUUAUUGUUGCUCAGACGAUAAUAAUAUUUUAGAUGUAUAUAUAGAACGUGACCUUAAACCGAAUGCGGACAAUAAUUUGUCUGAUUGCUGUGUUGCUGAGUUGCUGUGCUCUAGUGCUCUACAUUUGAGUCCGGCCAACGACAUUGUUUUUCUUUUUUCUUUUUUAUGUAUGCUGGGCUGUAACUUCGGCACUUUUUAUGACUUUUUCUAGAUUCGUAUACUAUUUCUCCAAAACUGUCACUUUUAUAACUUUUAACCGUUUAUCAGGUUUAUAUAUGUCGACAAAGAAUUAAAUUUUGUCCUGCUUUCUAGAUGAAUAUUUACUAGUUGUACGCCCCCAUCAUACAUGAUGGGUUGUAGUAGAUUUUCGGUUGCCAUUGUUGUGUGCGCCCUGUAUAAUCCUGUAUAUUAAAUAACGUGUGUGUGUAAGCGUCUGCCUUGCGUCACUGUGGGAAUGGUGUCACGCUGGGCCAUUGGGAUUCACCCGAACCUGAUGUCACACUUACAAUACAAACAACAUGUAAGGGAGAUUCAAUUGAACUUAUCUACCUAACCUAACCUCUCUACUUACCUAUCUAUUAAAUGCAAAGGGAAACGUUUAUGCACUAAACGUUUUUCUGAACAGGACAGAACGCAGAUAACGUAGAAUUAUAUAUAAAUUAGUUGAGGAAUAGACACGUUGUGGCUGUAUUGAAACUUGUGUAUCCUGUAAGUUAAGAAAUUGUAAAAUUGGUUCAGUUUUUUGUAAUAAUUUACGAUCGUAUUGCUUUAUUUGGGAAUUUAAGUGUUAAAUGAUCGCAAGGAUUUCUCUUAUUUAACUCUGGGUUAUAUUGUAUGUAGUGCGCCUUGUAUAAUGUGUAUUCUGUAUAUUACUAUUAUUAAAGAAUACGUGUGGUGAUAUGCGUUAAUUUCGGUUCCGCGUUUCUGUGGGAAUGUAUGGGCCCAGUAUUUUACCCAGCGUUUCCCAUUGGGAGCGAACCAGCUCCUACAAUGACGACACGCAGUCACUCGAGUCUUGAUGAGUGCAUUUUCAGCCAAGUAACGGCCAAGUAUCAGAGCAAGUUUAUAAACUAACAGCAGAGCAUCUACUUUUGUAUAUAUUAGUCAGUUAGUCAGAUUAGUCAGUUAGUAAAUUUCUUCUAGAGUUACAUAAUAUAUAUAUUAUUAAGAUAUAUAUAUAUUUUUUUUUAAUAAUCAAAAACGGUUUAAGAUCCAUUUUGUUUUAGCUAUCAAUAUUCGUUAAUCUCUCAAUAAAAACUACUAUUAGUAAUAAAUUGACUUUGUUUCUAUGAAUUAUUUCUUGUUGCCAUAGUGAUAACUAAUUGCACACUUUAUUGCUGAGUGAAACAAAAGAUUCAGAAAAGCCUAGGGUGGCCCUUCAUCAUAUAGGUGAUUUUUUUUAUAACAUUUUUUUUCAGUCUUACCCCCUAAAUUGGUUCAAAUAUGUAUAUAAAUGAAGUAUACAAAAUUUCAUAUCGAUAGAUUAAGUUUAACCCGUGCCCCCCAGCCCUCAAAGUUCAAAUAUAUGGUUCUGUUCAAGUAACCACAGUUUUUUUUAAUUGAUUGACUGCUAUCUCGUUGUUAUCAUUUCUUACAAAAAUAAAUUUCUGACAUUAUUUAUAGUAAAUUAAAUUGUCUAUAACUUUUGUUCUAUAUAGUUUUUUGAUUAACGUAAUAUUUAUUAAUACUUUGAGAACUAUUAGAACUUUGAGGGCUGGGGGGUACGGGUUAAACUUAAUCUAUCGAUAUGAAAUUUUGUAUACUUCAUUUAUAUACAUAUUUGAACCAAUUUAGGGGGUAAGACUGAAAAAAAUCCAAUAUCAAAAAAUAAGCGCCACCCUAGAAAAGCCUGAUAACAAAUAUAGCCUACUCAUUAUGUUACCCAAACAAUUAAAAUGUGUGAUUGACACUUUUUAGUUUUUAUUUUAAAAACUUAAUCAUUUUAUUCAUUAUUUAAUUUUUUGAGUUGUAAGUUUGUGUGUAACGCGUGGAUAUUAUAUGUUUCGUUAGUGUCUGUCCGCGGGUUCAAGCAUAAUGAACAGGGAAGCCGAGAGCGGUGCCAUGAGACCGUUGGCCCGGGCGCUGACCAAGUCGCUGGAAAAAGUCCGCGGGCUCUUGCGGGACGCGAGCCUUUGCAGCGAUCAAACGCCGCCGUGUCUUCGCAACUUGAUCGCGUCGCUGUGCACGUUCGACCACUUGUUAGCCGAAUUCGAAUUGCGCUACGUGUCCGCCAUGGUGCCCGUCAAAACCGCUCACGAGUACGAACUCCAACAACUCGUGGUCGUUUUGUUCUCGGAAACACUCCAGAGGUGAGAUACAUAAUAUUAUAUUCGCGGUUAAAAUAUAAUAUCUUCUUUCUUUUUUCUUUUUUUUUACACUUGUACCUUUUUAUACCAUUCAGAGCGCUCGUCGAAGGUCUUCUGACCCAAGACAUGGUGGACGACUACGACCCGGCUCUCAUGUUUACCAUACCCCGUUUAGCCAUCGUGUCCGGUCUAUUAUUUUACCCAUACAUGUCGCCGCUAUCCCUCGACCAAAACGCAACCAACAUGUCCGACAUGUUCCGUCCGUUUCGAGUAAGUGUUUCUACUAAUGUCGGACCUACAGGUCAACAUGAUAAUAUUUUAUUAUAAAAAAUAACAAUUACUAUAUACAUUUUAUUUUGUUAUUGUAUCGGUCCAGUCGUUAUUGAUGAAGAUUCGAGAGUUAUUGUUAACUCUAUCCGACAAGGAACUUUCGACCCUAGAGAGGAUGCUGUGUUCGUCCGAUGAAGUCAAAUUCGAAGAUAAAUUGUCCGUAAAAAACCACUGCCACAAUCAAUUAUCGUGAGUUUAUAAUAUAUAAAAUAUAUAUGUAUUUAAAAAACAAAAAUUCAUACUGACUAAUAAUAAUGAAUGUAUAAUUUUUUUUCUUCUAGAUCUCAAGAAACCAGUGACGAGGAAUGUCUUUCCUCCAGCACUACGGAACUAGUGAUGGACAACAGUGUCACGACAACGAACACCAUCACCACCACCACCACCACCACCACAAUUGAGCGGUGCAGUACAAAGGGAUUUCCUGCUCAAGACUUGAUGAAUAAUAACAAAAAUCCGUCGUCGGUGAAACGGAAACCCUUUGGAUCGACGGCAAUCAUAUCGAACCGUAACGAUCUCCAGAAUAACGAACUGAAAAGUCCUGUAUCAUCGAGUACAAUGACAACGUCCAGCCGUCACAUCAUCAACGAUGACGACCGCCUGGAAUCGGGCUCGGUGCCGGACUCUGAUCUAACUGAAUCAUUGGCCACGGCCACAGAAGCAUUGACAGAAAUAUUGGUAAAAAAAACCACCGUUAUCGAACAGCAUCCCGAAAACUGUGUUGUCGUCGUCGUGGAUUCCAACGGAAACAAUAACAACGACAUGCCCUCGUCGCCGGUGAUCCCGAAACAACCGAACGUGUCCAGUAGUUCCACGCAAACCGAAUGUACCGCAUCGCACGUGUGCUGUUGUAGUAAUGAGUGGAAGUGUUGGAAGUCUACAGCCGCAGACAUAAAUGGUUCGUCUGGCACUGCCGCUGUCUCCUCCGUCCAAUGCCAGUGCCAGUCCACCGCCAGUCGGUGUUGUCAUCGUCACAGAAGGAAAAAGACCGUCGCGGCACGGGUGAGUUGUAGCAGCAGUAGUGAAAUGGCGAACAUGUCAGGUGACAAGAUCAACAACAGUUGCCAGUGUACCGUUGUUGUGCCCAAGUACUCGAAGAGUUGGCGAGAACUGCGCAACAAACAACGAUCCAAUGUGAUUUGUCGAUUUCAGACCUGCAACAAUAGGAGUUCUUCCAAAUCGUCCUCCGCGUUAGUAUCAGUACUUAUAUAUUUUUAGUGUCAUUUAUUUUUUUAUUUAUAAUUUUACCUUAUGAAUUUUUUCCCCUUUUACUUUGAUCUAAAUAUCAUAAUUGUGAAAAUGAAAAUAUUUUAAGUCAUUAAAGUCACCAAGGUGUACUUUUUGUUUGGUAAAGCAAACAUAAGCAAGUCAUAUUUAUUAUAUGGUAAUUUAGAUGAUUCAGAUUUAAAAUGUAGGUAUUUUGUAUUUAAUCGUAUUGAAAAAUAUUAAAAUGCAUCAAGUUUCAAGCUUUAAUAAUAUAAAUAUUAAUAUAGAGUUCUGUUUAUUAUUUUCUACAGGAUCAAAAAGCACGAAAUGUGUUCGAGUUGUUCGAGUUGUACCACUUCAUCAGCCGAUGAGAGCGAUGAGAGCGUGACUGACAGCACAUCGACCAACAGUUCCUGUAAUAAUAAUUAUUCGUUACGUCGACAGAAGGCUCGUGCCAAGUUUAGGUGAGCACUAAUAAUAUUAAAUACUAAGGUUAGAAUAUAUAUUGUCUAAAAACCUGUAAUAAAGUCUAAAAUUAGUUUUAAAAAUUAAUAUUAAAUAAUUUAUAUUUUUAUAAAAAAAUUAAAAAUUGAAUAUUUAUGAAAUAUCAUUUUCUUCGUCUCUUGGAACAAAACUAAAUCUAACAUUUAUUUUAAAUAUUUUUGUAUACAGUUUAAUUCAAUUUUUCAAUAACCUUAUUAAAUGAUUGAUAAUAAUAGAUAAUAAACAUUGAAAAAACAUUUCCAUUGACUAAAUAUGAGAAACUAAUACUAAGAACGAAUAAUGAAUUUAUAAAUUAGACAAUUUUACAAGUAAACUCAAUUAUAUGACCUAAAUAUUUCAAAAUGUUAAAAUAUGUAAUAAUUUUCAAAAUGCAUAUUGUUUUUCCCCCGGUCUAAAGAUCUGACGAAGAUCUCUUGCAUCGAUUAUUUGUAUGCAUAUCGGGAGUGGCCGAUCAGCUGCAGACUAAUUUUGCCGGAGACUUGCGCAACAUACUCAAGGCAGUGUUUCUCAUGUCCAAUUCCAACUGCAGCACUGAUAAUCAACAGAACACCGGUUAUUAUAAUAAUAAUUUUGAAAUAAUUAUUGUUAUUUUGAUUAUGUUAUUUUUCUAUUCGAAUUCCAGAUAUAAUACCAGGAAUAAACAACCAAACGGCAGUGAUGAUUGAAAAUGGUGAAGAGGCCCUUGUAUGGAGAGACGAUACUGUGAUCGGUGACGUUUCAUCUACAACUGCAGAAACACCACCCCCCUGGGUACCUGACCACGAGGCCCCUGUGUGCAUGUCGUGCAAAGCUAUUUUUACCGUGGUUCGAAGACGUCACCACUGUCGAAAUUGCGGCAAAGUGAGAUAAGUAAAAUUAAUAUUCUGUACUUGAGAUUAAAUUUUUCUUUUGUUACAGGUAUUCUGUUCCCGGUGUAGUUCUAAUUCGGUUCCUCUGCCAAGAUUCGGUCAUCUGAAACCCGUACGUGUAUGCAAUCGUUGUUUCAUUUACCAGGUGACUCCAUUCACGUUGGAACCUUCGAUUGGACCCGUUUCAAUCGCCCUACAGUCCUAGAUUAAUUAUAUUAUUAUCUGUAAAGUUGUUAUGCCUCCACCACCGCUACCGCCCAUUAUCCUCAUUUUCCUCUUGAACAUUCCCAAAGAAAUGAAAAAAAAACGUUUUUAUUUUUUUGUUAUUAUUACUCUUUCUUUUUUUUUUUUCGUGUUACCAUUUUAUCCUAAUUGACUUUGUUAGUUUCUUCUCUUUAAUCUUUUGCUUUAUUAUAUUAUAUAAAUAUUUUCAUUCUUGUAAAAUAUUCUGUUCCUAAAAAUUAUAAUAAUAAUAAUAAUAAUUAAUAAUAUUAAUUGGUUUUUCUUGAUAAAAAAAAAUCUUGUCACAAUCGCUAAACAAUUAAAAUGAAUGCAUUUGUUAUUAUUUAAACUAAAAUCAUUUAAUGCAUAAUAUUACCAUAUAAUAAAUAAUAAUAAUAUAAGAUUCACGUAUAAUAUUAAAAUGUUGUUAUUAGUGUAUUAUAAGUAUUACUAUAAUGUGUUGUCAGUUGAUAUUAAUUUUUAUUAUUAUUAUUAAUUUAAUUUUUUUCUUAACUAAGAGCUUUUUUUUAGCUGCUCAAUGUUUUCAACCAUUUUAUAUACUGUCUUGAAUUUUGUCGUCUUAAGUUUCUACUAAGUGGUCACAUAGUUUUUAAUAUCUUAUCAUUAUUAUUAUUAUUAGUUAAUGAUUUACUGUUACAAUUUUUUUUUAGCAUAACGGACACAAAAUGUUAUACUCUCUAUCGGUUAGACAAUGAUGUAUUAUUGAUCAAAAAUGGCUGUGGAUUUUAUUUCUUAAUAAUCGUUAUUUAAUACACUCAUAAUAAACCUUAAACGAUUUUAGUUUAUUUAAAUAGUCUAUUGAAUUUAUAAAUCAAGUUUUGAAUUUUGCGAAACAAAAUUUGAUACAGUACGACAUAAAUGAACCAUUGAAGACACUAAUUACUUCAAUUGCACAUUCUCUUCCCAGGACCUGUAAGGAUUCUUCUUACACAUGGUUGAUUUUAAUUGUAUUUUCUAAUAUAGUCUCCGCACUUAAUUUGUUUAAAUAUUCAACAUUGUUGUCGUUUGCUAUUACAGUUAAAGUUACGGCAUUUAAAUCGUCAAACUCCUGAAGAAUAUUAUUAUAAUACUUUUAAUUAAUUGUUUAGUGAUGAUUUAUGAUAGGUAUGAAAUAAAACAAUAGAAAUUAUUAAUAAAGAGGUGUUCUUACCAACAUAAACAUUCAUUUUCUAACACAAUUUCUAAGAUAACUAACCAAACGUGUUCAGUGAUCAUCUAUUAACAAAUUUUAUAUAUCAGACAAACUAAAGUGUUUAUGUACUUUUAAAUGGCCAUUAAUUAUUAAUUUGAUAUAACUAUGUAAGUAACAAAUUUAUUCAUUAACAACUAUUUUUAAUUUAGUACUAGCAAAUAAAGAUGAAAAGUGAUCACUAGUUAAACAUUAGACUAUGUGUUAGAGUGGGCAAUUAAAAAUAAUACUAUACCUAUGUGGAAAGGGUUAUAAAUAUAUCCAUAGGUAUAGGUAAUUUUUUGUACAAAGGUACCUAAUUAAUAACUUCCUAAAUGUAUGUUUAAGCAUUAAAAAGAAUGAAAAAAAAUUGUUUAAAAGUUAAAAUUAAACUUUUUAUAAUAUUUAUAUUAAAGGGGUUACAACUGAUUUUCCAAAUCUUUUUUUCAAAAACGCCACGACCAUUUUUACAUUAUUUAUGAUUGUAAAGUAGCCAAAAACAUGAUAAAAAUUUUGAUAUUUUACUAAUUUGAUUUAAAAAAUAAAAAUAUAUUUGAGUUCAUAAACAGGUUUACACUACCUCAUUCUGAGCACUUUCUCAAUUUUCAAUGGUAAAUAAUUACAUUAAAAUGUUAAUAAUAUGACAGAUAUGAUUUCAAAAAAAUUCAGAGUUAACCUAGGUUUAAACACAUACCUACACCUUUAAAGUUUUGAUAUGAAACCAUAAAAAGUAUCUUUAUUAUUAUUUUUUUUUUUGUGUUUAGAUCUAUAAUAUUAAUGUCUAACUUAUGCAAUACUCUUAAUACCAGCGGCCUGGCAUAGUAGUAUGGUACAGUCAAGAGAAGUUAGUUACAGUGACGCCUAUUCUUUGGAACCAAAUGGUUUUUUUUUUUAUGUAAUAUAUUUGCUUACAGUUAAUUUUAUCAUAAUAUCAUUGACC